AUGGCCUUUAAUCCGAAUCCCGCCAACCCACUCUUCGGCGGCGCGAAGCCCGCAGGUCAGACUGGGACGGGACUGUUUGGCCAAAAUACCACGCAGCCGACGGGCUCUCUGUUUGGCAACCCCCAGCAGCAGCAACAGCAGCAGCCACAGCAGCAAGGUGCAACCUCUGCGUUCGGUGGCUUCGGUCAGGCCACACAGAACCAACCCUCGCAGGGGACAUCAUCACUUUUUGGGUCUAUGGCGCAAAACGCGGGGAGCACAGGUUCAAGUCUGUUCGGGUCCACCCUCGGGCAGAACACGCAACAGCAGCAGGGCCAGCAGCAGCAACAACAACCUACACAGGGGACAUCGCUAUUCGGAGGAGGAGCGUUCGGACAGCAACAACAGCAACAACAACAGCAGCAGCAGCAGCAACAGCAACAGCAGCAGCAGCCUUCAACCGGUCUUUUCGGGCAGACGACCAACCAACAGCCUUCUGGCGGGUUGUUCGGCCAGCCAGCAGGACAGCAGCAACAGCAGACCGGUGGGCUGUUUGGGGCUAACAAUCAGCAACAACAAAGGCCGCUGUUUGGUGCACCGACGGGCGGGACGUCGUUCUUUGGGAGCACGGGGCAGACACAGCCUGGUCAACAGAACACGUUGGGAGGAGGCUUUGGCAGCACACUACAGCCUCAGGCUGCACAGCAGAAUAUGUUUGGCUCUACGGCGGGGACGCAGGGGGGAGGGUCGACAUGGGGAAGACCUACGACGCAACAGCCCGUCCAAUCGACAGGCACACCUUUGUUCACAAAGUCCACAAAGUUCAAUGACCUUCCGGACGAAGUGCGCAGGCAACUGGAACAGAUUGAUUCCCAAUUUCAAUCCCGCAUCCAAAUAUGCAACGACCUCAAGCAGCGCAAGUUGGGGGAAGAGCCGCUCAAGGGGCAAGAAGAGAUUCGCAACGUCCAGAAGGUGCUUACUAGCGUGAUCGCAGUGCUGCAGUCGGACGUGCAGCACACGCGCGACCUGAAGCUCAAGGCGGAGCAGACGGUGCAGGACACGAUCGUCGCGACGCGCAUCAUCGAGGGCUUCCGGAACCCGCAGCAGCACGGGCAGUACCUCAAGACGUACGCCAACUUCCCGCUCGAGUUCUUCACCCGCGUCACCGAGCAGAUGCGUGAGCGGCUGAGAUGGUACAAGGCGACAAUCGAGAACAUCGAGCGCAAACUUGCUUCGGCGACUCAGACGCAGCACACACCACAAGCCAUCGUGUCGACACUCGAAGCGCAACACGCAACUUUCAUGGCGCUCGCGACAAAAGCAGCAGCCCUCGACGCGGAGCUGCAAAAGAUCAAGAAGCUCUACACCCAGCUCUGGCGCGAGAAGGUCGGCAGCAUGCGCGACCCGUUCAACGACAUCGACCGGGGGGUUGACAACGAGUUUGGUCUCGAGCAUCUCACUGGCGCAAGAUGA